GAAAGGCCAACCCCACAAUGGCACACUUCUUCCUCACUCCGAUCAUCCUCCUCCUCCUCCCCCGCGCCUCUAGUGACUACGUCCUCUACAAUGGUGAAGUCCUCAUGCCCGGUCAAAACCUUACAAAUGGACCCCACCAACUCUCCAUGCAACCCAACUGUGACCUCGUCCUCCAACGUUCCGGCAAGCUAGUAUGGACCACCAACUCCACCUUCAACUCCACCAACGACGGCGACCGGAGUUGCUACGCCGCUCUCAAGCAGAAUGGCGAGCUCGUCGUCCGUCGUGACGUCCAUUAUAUCUUAUGGACAAGUGCCAAAAAGGCAAAGAAAGGCAAAUAUGUUCUCAUCCUCGACUCAACCGGCCAGCUUGGAAUCUACGGAUCACGUAGAUGGAUCAGCAGCAACCCAAAGGAACGUGGCCCAGCAAGUCGACCAAACUCGGCGGUCCAGACCGACUACGUGCUACAUUCGGGCAAAAAGCUCUUAAUGGGGAAGAAGUUGAAGUAUAGAGAGUAUGAGUUGGGUUUGAGUAAGUGUAAUUUGGUGAUAAAUAGCACUAGGAGUGGGAGGACUUUGUGGCAAACAAAUACUAAGGCUGAAACUUGCUUUUUGGAGCUGGAGAAUAAUGGAGAGUUGAUGGUAAAGCAUGGAAGCCAGAGGAUUUGGAGUAGUAAUAGGAAGGGAGAUAAAGGGAAGUAUGUGGCAGUGCUUGGGUUCGAUGGCCGGUUCGCGGUUUAUGGACCGGCAUUGUGGUUCAAUGCCAAGAUUGAUGACUCGACCGGGGAUGAAUACUCCCCCAUUGAUAUGAUUCAGGAGGAAAUGAUGAUGUGGGGAAUGGAUUAGUUGAUAUUUAUAUUUAUGUUAAUUAUAAAUUAAGGUUUUUUUAAUCUAAAUAAUAUGGGUUAUACUGUGGUGUUCAAUGCAUUUGGUACUGUGGGAGAUUUUGCAUAAUGGGGAUUUUAAUUUUUGCAUGAGUUG